UAAUGAUGAUAUUCUGUUUUAAAUAAAAAAGUCAAUAUAAUUAUCAAUACCAUUAAGUUUUUUUUUCCUUACAAUAAUCAGGCUGCUAAAGUGGGUGUUCAUUAGAGCGUGAAGUUGAACUUAUUAUCUGUAUUUUACAUUUUAAAAUUUUUUUUUUGUUACGAUUGUGUUUUCCUUAAUCAUUGAGAAAUUCACACUGCAUUGUAUAAGGUGAAAGGACCAUUAGCAGUUCUAUUUAAACUCAAAGAUCAUACUUAUUAUCAUUGCUUAUAAAAUAAGAAAAAAAAAAAAAAAUAGAAAAAGAUAGAAGAUUUAAUAAGUGAUUUGACGAUCAGCCAACUGAUUGACAUCAUCGGAAGAUGAAAUGGAACGUCAGGUGUUUAAUUUAUGUUUAUUAUUUUUCAUUUGUAAUAUAAGUAUUGGAUAUUGUGUAACUGUAACUGAAGUUAAAGCUGGACAUCUUGCUGUAUUACCAUGUCUAAGUAGUGAUGAUAAUCAUCGAUUUAUGUUUUGGCAAUUGAGUGAUGAUCAUGAUAUUAUCGGCCCUGGUAAUCCAAUCGACAAAGAUAAAUAUAAUUAUGAAGUUUUAACUGGCAAACUUCUUAUCAGGGGUGUAUCAACAAAAGAAGCCGGUUUUUAUAAAUGUGUUUCUAAGGGUGUUGAGGAUCAUUCAGCCAUAAAUGUUCAUGUGGUAGAGUUAGUUGUGAGAAAAGAAUGGGAUGUUCCUUUGGAUAAUGCAUUUGAGACAAAAUUACUCAGAGGAAUGACUGGAGUUAUGGUAAUUGUCGUUGGCAUUGCAGUUGUACUUCUCAUUAUGGUACUGAAGAAGAAAAAAAAUCGCACCUUUUUCGACCUUGAAGAAUCUCGUGAUAAUUCGCCAGCAAAAUAUCGACCUGACGAAGUACAACCAAAACCUGGUCCAUCAAAAAUUGAAUCUGUUGGUCUUGAUAAUGCUGGUCUAGAUGUUGAUUUUCCUCAAGUAUUCACACAAAUGCAAACAAAUCAAGGACUUAGCCAUUAAUUUUGCCAAAAAUUUUAAAACAAUUAUAUGUAUUUUAAAGUUAUAAUUAAAUAAUUAAUUAUUCAUGUAAAUUACAAAUUUGAAACUUGUCAACUCAAUAAUUUUUUUCUAAUCAAGUAUAAAAGUAAUCUCAAUGAAAAAAAAAAAAAAAAAAACGAAACAAUAUUAAAACCAAAAAAAUAUUUUAAUUUUAAAAUAAUUAUAAAUUAUUAUUUAAUAAUUUAUAACAUAAAUAGAUAAAUUAAUAGGCUAAGA